AAACAAACCCUCGAAAGCAAACAAUUGGCCAACACUUUGCUUGUCCUCAAUGUCCCGCCAUUUGUGGAUCAGCUCUCCAUAAGACAUCUCUUUAGAAAUUGUGGCAAAAUAUCGGAUGUGAUGUUCAACUCGAAGAUUAGUCUCAAUAAUAUCCGUUCAACGAAUAAAAGCCAUUAUUUGGAUAAAAGUGAAGACAUUAAUGGAUACAAAGUAUGUUUCGUUGUCUUCACGGGUCCGACGGGUCUUCAGAAGGCAUUGAAUUUGAGUAAAGCAUCGGAUGUGUUGACUCUUAAGCCAGAUUCUGAUCAACACAUGACUGGUUUGAAAGCAAUGAAACAAAGAUAUAACGAAUCGAUUGUCGACUCAAAUGAAUUACAAGAAGAGAUCAAUGAAUUUAUGGCAAAACAUGACAAACAAGUAGAAGAAGAGAGACUUAAAGCGAAACAAAUGGAUGGCAUUCCGGACGCCGACGGAUGGAUUAAAGUGAACAGACAUUCAGGCAAAAGACAUUUGCCUAACAAUUACUCCAACGACCAGAAGAUCAUUGAGAAGCAGAACAAACUGCGGAAGAAGUCGUCCAACGAUUUGCUCGACUUUUACUCAUUUCAACAAAAAGAGAGUAAAAUUAAUUAUUUAAUGAAUUUAAGGACUCGUUUCGAAGACGACAAGAAGAGAAUCGCUUUAAUGAAGUCUCAGAGAAAGUUCAGACCCUUU